AUGAGUUCAGAGAUUCAAGGUCUCGCUCCAAAGGUUUAUGUUUUCGAUAAAGUCAACGACUGUCAUCAGUUUAUUAUCGCAAAAACGAAUGAGUAUUGUGACGUCAAAUUUAUUGUCUUCGUUGGAGGACAACUUGUAUGUAAUCUUAUUCGUAAUAUUCAUGAUUUUACCCAAGUUGAAGCAAUAAUUAUUCUGAAUAAAUCUCAACUUACUGAAGACGAAGCAAAAAUAACUGAACGAUAUUCUAAAGCCACACACGCGGCAAAUUCACAAGUGGAUGUAACAUACGAGAGCGCUGCUUCACCAAUGAAAAUUAAAGUAAUACCAAAAACAGCAUUCACGGAUCCAAUUAAAUUUAGUUUUACAAAUAACCAAGAAGAUAAUGAUGAUAUCGGCAUACUCACCGAACCUAAGGAACGCUCGUUUAGACAACAUAACGAAAAUUUCAUAGGCCGCUACUCGAUAUUUUUGUAUAUGUUGCAUGCUCAACCCUAUUCAUCGAGUAAAAUCGAUCUGAUCAAUUUAUUGAAAGAAGAAGAUUUGGCUACAUCAGAUCAGAUCAAAAUGUUCGAAGAUACAUAUUCACCAGAACAAGCUAUCCCCUUUUAUACCAGACAUGGAUUUAUUUACGAAAACCUUAAUAGAGCAUUACGUGAAUUAAACAUUCGCCAUAUUUUCCUCUUUCGAUUCAUUCUUCAGGAUAUAUGUUAUAAACUGCGUGAUCUGAUGUCUCGAGAACCAGAUAAUAAUGAACUGACUAUAUAUCGAGGUCAAAUAUCUAGUCCACAGGAAAUUGCUGAAUUAGUCGGUGCCUAUCAGAAUCAAUCUAUUGUUGCAGUGAACAGCUUUUUUUCGAUAUCCAAAGAUCGAAAUAUCGCAAAAUUCUUUCUCACAGGAGCACAAUCUAGCUUAUGUGAUGGUACACGUCUUGCAACCAUUUUUGAAAUAAUCAUCAAAAAACAAGAUGUGUCACAGUUCUUACCAGUUGCUGAUAUUUCUCAGCUUAGUGAUUUCCCUAAAGAAAAAGAAGUGUUAUUCGCACCUGGUCAAAUAUUCACAAUUAAUAAGUUCGAUAUUAUCUUCGAAAGCGGUGUCAAUAUUUACACAUUUAAGAUGGUUUUAAAAACAGGAUUCAAGGAAUGUUUAAACCAAGUGUAUACCAAGGUUGAAAAAAUACGAAGCGUUCAAGUGCAUCAUCCACUUUUUCAUAUUGGUACGCUUCUUGCUGAAGAGAAACGAUUUCAAGAAGCCCAAGACUUAUAUAAGGACCUACUGUCAAAAGAUGUUAAUGAGGACAUAAACUAUGCUUGCUAUCGACAAUUGAUGACCAUCGCAAAUCAGCAACAUAACACACAUGAAGCAAAGUUGUGGUUUGACAAAAUGAAUGAGAUUAAAGUUGGUAAGACAGCAUCGCCAAACCAUGAUGAUGGUAUUCCAAUUCGUACUGAAGAUUAUUCUACUUUACAUCAUAGCAUGCAGGAGAUACAGAAUCUGGCAGGGAAUUUUUUGAGUCUAUCCACACAUGAUCUAUGUCAAGCACUAAAUAAUGAUGAGAACCUUAGUAACAGAUUCGAAAACCUGAAUGAUCAUGUAUAUAAUAUGGUAUUGAUAAUGAUAAAAAACAAACAAUACACGCUAGCAAUACAUUAUACAGAAGCCGCACUUUUCAGCAGUAGUAUAUCUGGAAUGAUUCCAUUGAGACCCUCACUCAAAGUAAACUUUUAUAUUCAAUUGGGUUAUUGCUAUCAGGAACUCAAACGAAAUGAUGAAUCUUUAAAAUAUUAUAAGAUGGCAUUGGAGGAUAAGACUCAUUGUUCGCCUGAUGAUUAUAUUAGAACAGUGCACUGUGUAGGAAAAAUAUUGGAAACAACAAAUUGCUAUGAAGAAGCUCUGCAUGUCUAUAUACAAUUAGCUGAAGAUUACAACAAUGAUUCUAAUAUAGGCAACCGAGAACAACGGCACGAAGUCGAAGAAUGUAUUGAGAGAGUGAUGUCGUCAUUACUUCCAGCGGAAUGA